UGGUGACUGCCAACAAACCAAGAGGAAGAGUAUUUUCACGUGUUCUUGUUUAAAGUUGGUUUUGAUUCCGGUUAUCCUCGUUUAAAAUGGCUCUGAAAAGGUUGAAGACUAAAAAAUCCAAGAGGUUGACCGGUCGCCUCAAGCACAAGAUCGAGAAGAAGGUGCGCGAUCACAACAAAAAGGAACGUCGUCUUGCCAAGAAGAACCCGAAGAAGGGCAGCAAGAAACAGAAGCUUAUCCAGAUCCCAAACAUCUGUCCCUUCAAGGAUGAUAUUCUUAAGGAAGUGGAGGAGGCAAAACAGCGCCAAGAGGCUGAGCGUUUGGCCCGCCGCGAAGCCUACAAGGUGGAACGCGAGCAAGCACAGAACAAGUUCAAGUCGCUGGAGUCCAUGGUCGAGGAUGCAGACAUGCGGAGCACUGUUCACGGUAUAAUGCACGAAAACGAUGACCAGGACGAGGACGAAAAAAAGUACAAGAAUGCUGUUACCAAGGAGCAGUCCUUAAAACAGUACUUUAAGGAGUUCCGAAAGGUCAUAGAAAACGCUGACGUUGUCCUGGAGGUGGUGGAUGCACGUGACCCACUGGGAACUCGUUGCAACGAGGUGGAGCGCGCAGUUCGCGGUGCUCCAGGCAACAAGCGUCUAGUCCUGGUGCUCAACAAAGCCGAUCUGGUGCCACGCGAGAACCUGAACAACUGGAUCAAAUACUUCCGUCGUAGUGGUCCCGUGACCGCUUUUAAGGCAUCCACACAAGAUCAGGCCAACCGGUUGGGACGCCGAAAGCUGCGCGAGAUGAAGACCGAAAAGGCCAUGCAGGGAUCUGUUUGCAUUGGCGCCGAAUUGCUGAUGUCUAUGCUGGGCAACUACUGCCGCAACAAAGGUAUUAAGACCUCGAUUCGCGUGGGCGUCGUUGGCAUACCCAAUGUGGGCAAGAGUUCCAUCAUUAACUCGCUGACACGCGGCAGAUCCUGCAUGGUGGGCAGCACUCCAGGCGUCACAAAAGCAAUGCAAGAAGUAGAGCUGGAUUCAAAAAUAAAACUGAUUGAUUGCCCCGGCAUCGUGUUCACCAGUGGAUCUGAGAACUCGCAUGCUGUUCUGAAGAAUGCACAGCGCGUGGGUGAUGUGAAAGAUCCGUUCACAAUUGCUGAGAGUGUUUUAAAGCGCGCCAGCAAGGAUUAUUUCUGUACCAUGUACGAUAUUACAAGCUACGACACAUUCGAAGAAUUCUUCGCCAAAAAGGCAGCCAGAAUGGGUAAGUUCCUGAAAAAGGGAGUUCCGGAUGUUGUGGCCGCUGCCCGAAGCGUGUUAAAUGAUUGGAACACAGGCAAAAUCAAAUACUGCACACAGCCUCCAGAAGUUCAAGAAGCCCAAAAUGUGCACAUAAGUGCCUCAAUAGUGCACUCUGAGGCUCGCGAAUUCGAUGUGGAGAACUUCGAAUCCAUGGAGACAGAGAUCCUAGAGCAUUGCGCUGUGAAAACUGAUGACAUUAUGGAGAUAACGUCUACGGGGCCGCUCGAGAUCAGAAAACCGCGCGAAGAAGAGAAUCCUGCCGAUAAAUUAGCAGCCAAUUUGGUCAUAAACGAGAAGGAAAAACCAGCGAAGGGCCGCAAGCGAAAACUGGAAGAAGAAAAGGAGAAGGUGGAUCCUAGUCUGCUCUUGGAAGAAAACCAAUCCCUGAAUAAAGGCAUCAAACAACUGCAAAAGCAAAAGAAGAAACAGAUUGUUCGAAAUGAGAAGAAAAUCUCGAAAAUAACAGACGUUCUGGACAACUUUAGCUUAGGUUCAUCAUCUUCAAAGGCAGAAAAAUACGAUUUUGAUGAGGACUAUGUGAUUGAAUAGAUUCUGCAUUAGUUUUAAUCAUUAAAAAAAUAUGUUGAUAAUACACUAUAAUAUAGACACGUGUAAUGUCUCCAAAAGAAA